AAGUUUUACAUUUACCAAAAUACAGCAAAACAAGAAUAAAUAAACCUCAAAGUUGGACAGAUUUCUUUGGGGAGAAAGCUUGAGUUGAAUUGAAUCAUUCUGGCAAACAGUAAUAACGAUAUAUAUGUGCUACAUGGAAACUCAUAUUUGUAUUAACAGUGAAUUUUGAAAAUGGAAUUAAAAGAAUUUGAAGAAGCAAUAUUCGGAGAGCCUAAGGUUGAAUGGUCGUCGUCAGCAGCAGCAAGUGGACAAAUUCAUAAAUUCUUGUUUCAUGUUCAUCUUGACGAUUCUUGUCGUCAGCAGCAACAACUCAAAAUUCAUGUCACGGACUUUUUUUCAAACACUUUGGGGGCACUUCUUUCACUUCAACAACUCAAUGACAUGAGGGAUGAUAUUGGAGUUGGUGGUUCCUGGUCUGAGUUUCUGGAAUACGUUGUUAAUUCACUAAAGUUUGGGGAUGUGAAGCUUGUUUUGGAGGGGCAAUCCAAUUCAGAUGGACCUAAAUCUGCUAAACUGAUUGCCCAGAAGUUGAAAGGAAUGCCCAGAAUAUCUGUUUCUCUGCUUAGGCUCGUUGGCACUGCUGCAAACGAGGUGAUGUCAAGGCUUUCUCUUGAUAUGUACAAAGCGUACAAAAGCAAUCAAAUGUUGCUACUGCAAGAGAAAGAGGGCCGUAACCAGUUGACCAAAAUGCUUUCUGCUGAAAAGGAUAAGAGUGAACAUGUUCAGAAACAACUUGACGGUCUCUAUUCGAUUCGAAACAAGCCACAGAAGAUAACUUCAGAUACUUCAUCGGCUACCUGCCUCAAUGACAUUUCAGACAAACAAAUCGAUCAGAAUCCAAGCCCGAUGAAAGUGCCAAAGCGUGUGGUACCAGCACAUCGCAGAUCAAAGGUAAGAGGGGCUUUUCUGCAAGAUACAGAAGAUGAUUAGAUUAAGACAGACAUUGGAUCGUAAUUUUUCAAAUGUAAAGAUUUGUCCAAUUGGGCUAUUUGGUAUAGUCGGUGACUGACAUGUAGUGUUCUCUUUUCUUUUUUUCUUUUUUUUUGUCUGUGUGUAUACUUGGCUUCUUAGU